AGAGAAGAAGGAGAAGAAGAGGAAGAAGCUCUCUGUAAUUUUGGUCGUUCUCUCUGAUUUUCUCUCCGAAUUUUCUUUUCCUUUCUAUCUUCUUCUUUAGAUGCCAAACCGGCGAAUUCGGGAGAGAAUUGAUGAGAUUUGUACUGUAAAAGGUUGAGGAUCUGGAGCUGGUGGAGAGAGAGAGAGAGAGAGAGAGAGAGGUUUGUAAUUGAGCGAAGAGAUCAAUUUUAUAGCGCGUUCGUGGAGUUAGUCUUCAAAGAAUAACUUUUUUUUGCUGUACAGAUAACAUUUGAAGAGCUCUGAACGGGGUCCCUUGGAAGGAAUUCUAAGUGGAUUCGGUUUUGAUUUCCGUACCUGAUUGCGAAGAUUGGGUUCGUUUCAUUGAAGAUUACACAGAGGAGGUCGAGAGUUUCGAGUUUUUAGGUACAUUUCCGUGAGAUUUGAGCAGUUUUUAGAAGGAAUCUGGAACCUUUCAAUGAAAAUAUAAGGAUAAUUAUCGGUCAGAGAUUGGCUUGUUACAUGGGAUUUGAAGAUUUAGGCUCUGUAAUGUCAUUAUUUCGUUGAAUACCGGUCAUAAAUUUGCAUUUUUGGACUGUAAGAGAGGAAAGCUCUUUCUGUAAAUUCCCUGUGGUGAUUGUGGCAGUAUCUGAGUAAUACAGGGCAUCGAAGCUCUCGGAUUUCUCGGAAAGUGAUUCCGAUUCGCAGACUUUUAUUUUUUGAAACAGAGUUGAAAUUCUCAGGUGUGUACACUAACAAAACUAGAUGGAUAAGGACUCUCUGAGGAGCAACAGUAUUAAUAAUAAUGCCAACGUAAACAAUACGAACGGUAGGGAGACUACCAUAGGAGGAGGAGCAGAUGCGUCGUUGUUGCUGAGAGCUGGCUCCGAGACCAUCAGACAAACGACGUCGUCGGAUUUCGUGUUGCAGUGGGGAAACCGGAAGAGGCUUAGGUGCAUGAAGGUCCAGGUCAAGGACAACAACAACAACGACUCGGCCGCCCCGGUUCAAAGGAACACGGUUCGGGUGGACCGGAGGGUCGUGAGAGUCGAUAAGGACUCGUCCAAUCAGCCCACUAGCGCCAAUCAUAGUAAUGGGUAUUUGAAUCUGCGUCAGCGCCCGUCUUCGCCUCCGCUACCGCCAUCUCAGCGAAUUCUCAGGAACUCUGAGACAUCCAGUGCCAUGAGAGGGCAAAGCAACGGAGGUGUGAGGGGAAUUGCUUCACCGGACAGGGGUGCGCACGAUAAGAGAGGGACCAAUACCAAUAAUAACGGCAACAACCACCACCAUCACAAUGAGAAUAACAAAUCAGCGGCAUCUUCGGAGACUGCGCACGAUAGCAAGAAGGGAGGGUCGUCGUCCGGAAGCGGCGAGGCUGGGCUACCGGUAUGGCCCCCGAAGUUCGUCAUUGCUUUGACUAACAAGGAGAAAGAGGAGGAUUUCAUGGCCAUCAAGGGGUCUAAGCUUCCUCAGAGACCCAAGAAGAGAGCCAAAUUCAUACAGCGCACCCUCAAUCUAGUCAGCCCAGGAGCAUGGUUGUGUGAUCUGACCCUGGAAAGAUACGAGGUCAGGGAGAAGAAGAUAUCCAAGAAGAGACCUAGAGGAUUAAAAGCUAUGGGCAACAUGGACUCUGACUCUGAGUAGAAGAAGAUUCCGCUUUGGAAAAUGAGGGAUUGUAGGAAUGUGAGAGGAAAGAUAAUGUUUAUGAUGAGGAAGAUGUGAGAUAUGUAAGAAUCGUGUGAAAUAUAUCGACACUUCUCACUUGUUGAAAGCAAUGAAAAGAAAGAAAGGAAAAAAAAACGUUGAGUUAUUUGUU